AUGUCACGAGUUUUGGUUGGAGUUAAGCGUGUAAUCGACUAUGCUGUAAAGAUUCGCGUCAAACCGGACAAGUCCGGAGUGGUCACUGAGGGUGUGAAACACUCGAUGAAUCCUUUCGAUGAAAUUGCGGUAGAAGAAGCGGUAAAAUUGAAGGAGAAAAAGAUCGCAUCCGAGGUGGUAGCUGUCUCCGUUGGUCCAGCUCAAUCGCAGGAAGUACUCCGCACAGCGCUUGCUAUGGGUGCUGAUCGUGGCAUUCACGUUGAAGUGGCAGGCAAGGAGUUUGAUUUAUUGCAACCGAUUCACGUGUCAAAAAUAUUGGCCAAGCUGGCACAGGACGAGAAGGCGGAUUUGGUGAUACUUGGCAAGCAAGCCAUUGAUGAUGAUUGUAAUCAGACCGCGCAGAUGACGGCGGCUGUUUUGGACUGGCCGCAAGCCACCUUCGCCUCCAAGGUCGACAAGGACGGUGAUACCUUGACGGUUGUGCGCGAGGUUGAUGGAGGAUUGGAAACCAUUAAAGCCAAAAUGCCGGCAGUGGUUAGUGCUGAUCUGCGCCUUAACACACCCCGCUAUGCGACUCUGCCCAAUAUUAUGAAAGCGAAGAAAAAGCCGAUCAAAAAAGUGGCACCCAAAGAUUUGGGUGUAGACACAACGCCUCGUAUCGAAAUUGUUUCCGUUGAAGAUCCACCUGUCCGACAGGCGGGAUCCGUAUUGCCCGACGUGGAUACUUUGCUGGCCAAGCUACGUGACGGCGGUCACAUCAAAUAA